GGGAAAGAGAGGGAGUGCAGACUCCGUCAAGACGCGAUGAAUUGGAGGACGAAGUCAACAACGACCGGGGCUUGUGAGAUCCACCAUGGUUCUCCAGGCUCUCUGUAUGCCCGAUCACCACUUCAUGCCCUUCCUUCAUCCGAGGAAGAAGACUCCCCAUGUUGUCUUCACUCUUUAUAUGCUGAACCACCUCCCUCCUCCUUCGUUCAAGCCUCUUCCCUCUGAGAAGAACCGAUGGCGCAACGGUGCUCACAGUUGCCGACAUUUGGAAACUGGGAAAACGGAGACAGCGUUCCUUAUACAGCCUACUUUGAGAAAGCAAGAGAAGGAAAGGGCCAUGCGAAAAGAAACCCAAAUGGUGUUCAGGGCAAUUAUGAAACGUCUAUGAAUAGUGAACCUAUUACCAAAACCUCUUCUAUCCAGAAGGAGGUCGUCCUGGGAUCACAGAAAGUUGCAGAGCCAGAGGUGGCGAUGUUGAAGCACAAGCACUACAGAAGUGGAGACGAAGCCAACCGGAAGAGACUCAUUGGAUCACCUCUGCAUCGUGUAGCCAUUGGUGGAAGAACUGCCUCGGGCAUGUCUCGACCAUAUAAUAGUGGCAUAAGAAAGCCCAAAACCGAAGCUGAGCAGGUCAUGAAGGGCCGAGAUGCAAGGAGGCGGAGCUAUGAUUAUCGGUUUAGAGCGGAAGAAGAUAAUCAUCCCAGGAGGAGGCUUAGUGACUCUAUGCUGCAUCGAGACCCUAGAUAUGGCAGAGUCAUUGCUGAAUUGCCUGUUCAUUGUGACGGUGUAAGGACAUCUUGUUGUUCCCCAAACAGAAUGGCGUGGCAAAAUCCUCGGUUGGAGCGCAUGGAGUCCUCUUCUUACCGUGCACAACAUCGAGCUAGUGUUGGGGGUGGAGGAGGUCCAAUGCCUUCUCCAGUGCGGGAGAAGAGGUAUUCAUCCACAACUAGCAGACAUAAUGCAGUUCCCAUGACUCCGGGGAGAUCUCAUCACAAAUCAGUUGCCCGAGGAGAUAAAACACCUAAUCACAGCAUAGCCGUUCCUAAAUUCGGAGAUUGGGAUGAGACAAACCCUUCGUCGGCUGAUCAAUACACAGAUGUAUUUAAUCGCGUGGUGGAGGAAAAGCAGGGCGCCGCACAAACAGCACCAGUGUCUACAACCGGGACCCCUCAUUCCAAUGGUCAGUAUCCGCACGCUGAUACAAAGCCCGAGCCUCGAGGAUGCUGGUGCUUUCCAUGGCGGGCAAAAUGAUAUCUAAGCUACUAAGAAAUGGGCCACACCCUGUUUAUCGAUCUGCACAACUUGCGUGGGAUUUGUCUGUACCGCGAGGAAAAAGUAUGUGUAGUUUUUACUCUGUCCAGUGAGCAUUGUGUAGUUUUUAUCUGUCCAGUGAGCAUUCGAUGCACCGACGACAUGAGGCUUGAAGAAACAAAUGUUUUGCAUUCAUUUGGUUCUUUUAUAUUUGGCAAAUUCAGCCUCACCUUGUAUUGUAUUCAUACAUUCCAUGUGUAUAAUGGUGAUAAUUUGCAGAUUGAGUUAGUAUUCAGCUGGCU